GGAUGUGUGAGCUGUGAUCGUUUCAACUUUCUUCGAGUCUGCGAUAAUAAAAUAUAUUGACUCAUAUUUUGUACAAUUAAAGUCAUUUAUGUUAUUUGUGAAUUGGUUAUAAUAUUGAAAUCAAAGUGACAGUUAAUUACAUGAGGUAGUGUUUAUUUUUUGUGAAUCUUCAACGUGUUUGGUUCAACGGACUGAGUAUUUCUUCUACAGGUUCGAUGAUGUUAUAGUGUCAUAGUGCAGUGUUGUGAAUGUGUAAAUUAGUACGGACUAUGGGGGCUAUUUCCCUUACUGUGAGAUGGCUGGCCGUAGUACUCAUCGGUGCUGAGUGGCAGGUCCAAUCUCAGCUCAUACAGCCUACGUCAGAAGUUGAGAGUUCUUAUAAUUAUUACUAUGAACAGCCGUGUUGCACUGGACCAGUGACUAUGAGCAAAUACCACGUGAGACACAGAAGAGAUCAUGUACGCGAAUUCUCAUGUGGGACUCUCUACUACAGAACUUUGUUUGUCGACACAAAGCGUGAUGCACUCUACGUUGGCGCAAUGGACCGAUUAUAUCGACUUAACAUGAACAACAUCAGCGCAUCACAUUGUGAGAGAGACGCGAUCAAUUUGGAGCCCAGUAACGUGGCGCAGUGUGUGUCAAAAGGGAAAUCAGAGCAUUUCGACUGUCGGAAUCAUAUCCGUGUCAUCCAGCCAAUGGGUGAUGGAUCACGACUCUACAUCUGCGGCACCAAUGCACACAGCCCUAAGGACUGGGUGCUUUAUUCGAACCUGACGCACCUGCCUCGACAUGAAUACGUGCCAGGGAUCGGCAUGGGUGUUGCCAAGUGUCCCUACGACCCGGCGGACAACUCCACGGCGCUGUGGGUGGAAAGAGGCAAUCCUGGCUCCCUGCCCGCUUUGUACUCCGGCACCAACGCCGAAUUCACAAAGGCUGACACGGUCAUUUUUAGAACCGACCUACACAACCUUACUACGGGCAGGCGGGAAUUCUCCUUCAAGCGAACUCUUAAAUAUGAUUCAAAAUGGCUGGACAAACCGAACUUCGUUGGAUCCUUCGACGUUGGCGAAUACGUGUUGUUCUUCUUUCGGGAGACAGCGGUAGAAUACAUAAACUGUGGAAAGGCAGUCUACUCCCGAGUAGCAAGAGUCUGCAAACGUGAUACUGGAGGCAAGAAUAUACUCAGCCAGAACUGGGCUACCUAUCUCAAAGCCAGACUGAACUGCAGUAUUCCUGGAGAGUUUCCAUUCUACUUUAAUGAAAUACAGAGCAUUUACAAAGUACCUGGUGACGAUAACCGCUUCUAUGGAGUCUUCACCACCGCAUCCACUGGUCUGAUGGGAUCCGCAAUAUGCACUUUUACAAUAGGAGACAUCCAAAAAGCCUUUGAGGGUAAAUUCAAGGAACAAGCCACAUCAAGCUCCGCCUGGUUGCCAGUUAUCAGCAGCAAAGUACCAGAACCCAGGCCUGGAACCUGCGUCAACGAUACUUCGUCGUUGCCAGACACUGUUCUUAACUUUAUACGAUCUCACCCGUUGAUGGAUAGUGCGGUGUCUCAUGAACACGAAAAGCCAAUUUACUACAAACGAGACCUGUUCUUCACGAGGCUGGUGGUAGACCGCGUCAAGGUGGACAUGAUGGGCCAUCAAUUGGAGUACACAGUCUACUAUGCUGGAACAAAUGAAGGGAAAAUUCAUAAAAUCGUUCAGUGGACUCGCAACGGUGACAGCCAGUCAGCUUUACUUGACAUAUUCGACAUUACUCCCGGAGAACCUAUUCAGGCGAUGGCACUGUCACGCACUCACGGCUCGCUCUACGCAGCCUCAGACCGCCGAGUGCUACAGCUACGCCUGGCGUUAUGUGCACGCCGCUACGAUGCAUGCGUUCGUUGCGCAAGAGAUCCGUACUGCGGUUGGGACCGCGAUGCUGGCGUAUGCAGAGAAUACAUGCCUGGAUUAAUCCAAGACGUGGCGAACGAGACAGCUGACAUUUGUGACUCGUCCAUAUCACGAAAAAGCGUGUCUGCUACGUGGGGUCAAAGCCUGCACCUGGGAAGUUUUGUCAAGAUGCCCGAGGUACUCCAGCCGUUAUCCGUCACCUGGUAUCAUUACUCAAAAGAGAAGGGACGUCAUCCUAUAACAUUCAAUAAACCCGAAAAGUAUAUUGAGACGUCGGAGCACGGACUACUUAUUAUAUCUGUGAUAGAGUCAGAUGCGGGACGUUACGAUUGCUGGCUCGGUGGAUCACUGUUAUGCUCAUACAACAUCACUGUUGACACGCACAGAUGUUCACCGCCAGAGAAAAGCAACGAAUACCAGAAGAUUUACUCGAACUGGUGUCACGAAUUUGAGAAAUAUAAAACUGCGAUGAAAACGUGGGAAAGGAAACAAGAGCAAUGCGCUCGACAAAAUGACUCAAAUCAAAACACACAUCCGAAUGAGAUUGUGUGAUAGCUUCUGAAUAUCGCCUAUCUCAUGUACCAAUCCGUGUCCUCCUACGGGAUAAUACCUGUGCCGUACGUGAAAGCCGCUCUCAAACACUUUAACAUCCUCACCUAAGUUAAUCUAAGUGAUCUUAAAAUGUUAUAUUUUCAUACAUGAGAAGGUGAUUGAAAUUCAUGGACAAUUUUUAUAAUGAAAACUAGAGUUGUGCUUCGUUGGUGGCGUAAACUGGUAGGAAAAUUGUUAGUUGGUUUUCGUACGUGUAUGCUUAUCCAUUAAGUUAAAUCUUGCCAUUUAGACGCGGUGAUAUCAUUUGAAGUUUUGCGUAUGUCUUGCUCAUAUGUAUGCAAUCCGUUUGGUAGCUAAACAUAUGUGUUGUAUUUUGUGUUAAAUAAUAUUUUAUAAGAAUCAAAACUGUAUUAAUACUACGUAAAUUGAACCAGAUAGAUUGGGAUAAUAACCUUCACUUGGGGCAUAAAUUUUUGAGCUUCCUAACUUACUAAAAUAAGUCAAAACCAAUAAAAUCAUUAACUAUAGUUUUGUUUCUUUGUAAAACUGAAUUCCUCUCCAUGUUUUGUUUUAUAAAACAAAAACAAAUAAUUGUUAGGUUCACAGAUUAUAAAAAUUAUCCUAUGAUAUCCGAAGCCGCUUUUUACGUUAAAAUAAAACAGCCAAACAUUUUGACCCCAUCCGUAAUUAUGUUUGUUAAAAUGAUCAAACUCGUUGCCUUUUUACUAAUGAGUGAAUACGUUCUGUAAUUUGAAAUCUCUAAGGGUUGUGGGUUUGCCUCAUUAUUUUGCCCUUUAUUCAUGUAAAUAGUAACCUAAUUUUGUCUAAGUGUACGUAUAGAAUGCACGUCCCUAAAUAAUGUAUAUUUAAGCCUGUGAUAUGUAAGGGAAGCUACACACAUGACACUGUCAGCACAUGUGCGUAGCACGCCCGAGAGAUUUGUUUAGCGUAAUGCAAUGGCAUUCAAUAUAAAUGCUUGUUUUGAAGAAUUCCUUAUUAAGAGUACAUAAAAUAUACUGCCCUAACGUUGAUACGAAAUAAUUUUAUGACUCUUAAUUUUAAGCCUUCAAAGAAUACAAUGCUAAUAACUAUUAGCGGUACUUAGAGUCGUCAUUAAUUUAUCUCGAAUAAUGGUUGGCGACACAAAUUUAAUGCGUGAUUACUGAUGGAUUUAAGAAUACAUAGCGAAAUGAAAGACCCUCUUUACUUUCCGAUUUGAUCUAUAAUUAUUAUUAUUAGUUACCCUUAAUGGACGACUCUAAGUUGCUGUAAGCACUUAACAAGUGUUAAGGCUUUUAAACAUUGCACCUAAUUAGAAAAAGAUUCGGUAAAUACCUACCAGUAUGUUUGUUUACUCUUAAAUGAUUAUUUAAAUAGAAUAUAAAAACAAUUAAAUGCUUUUGCAAAAUUAUAUGUUAAGUAGAAACUUUGUGAAAUUAUUUAAAAACGAAAUCUCAGCAAUAAUAUUAUGUAACUGAAUACAAAAGCUUGCUCACUAAAUAAAAUAUAUCUCGGAACAGGUAUGCAUACUUCGCUAGAGAAUAAAAUCUAUAUGUAUUUUUUUAUAUUGAACAUACAUAAAAUUAAAAAAAAAACAUGGCCAAAAGGCCAAAUAUUUUAAUUUAUGCGUAAUAUCGAAUCAUUCUAUGAAGAUGUCAACGUCAAAUGUUGUAUACGUCAAAGUAAUCUUGAAUUUUUUUUUAUGAUUACGAUUUUUUAUUUACGUCAUACAAUCUUAAACAAAAACAUACAGAAUACUUCAUUAUGUUUUUUUAAUAUGUUGAAGGGCAACCCUGUUCCGUUAUAUCAGUUAAUAUUAUACGUAUAAAGUAUAUUAGUAAAUAAAUGUAGAUGAUGUUUUAGAAAAUAAUUCUGCAUAUUUUUGUACAAAGAAUUGAUCGUAAGUAACUAGAGGUUUCGUCUUGUAAUAUCAUACUCACUGGUACCUUUUGACACUUCGAUUCCAUAUCAUAAAUAUUUAAGAGUUUGUAUCAUAAUGUACCUACACCAUAUUAAAUUUGAAGGACAAAACUGUUUUAAAUAAAAUUGUAAAAAUAUUUUUUCUAGAUAUCUACGUUAUAGAAUUGUUCUUUCAAAAACGUUUCUUUUCUUCAUCUUCACGACUCACAUUGAAA